ACGUAUAGAUAUUUUCCAAACAACUGGCGGUAAAUUUAACCAGAACGUAAAAGUGCGGUGUGGUGACACGGUCCAACACCUGGUUGAACCCUCUGCUCGGUGAACCAAUAAGACGCUUCGCUCUUAUCGGCACCGAAAAAAAAGUCCUCACAGUCGCCAUGAUGAUAUAGCAGCGGAAACGGAGAAGUAGCUAGAAAACAAAAGAGAACACGCAGUUGUCCUCGCGGAUUGGUAUGCUCUUGCAGUGCUAUAGGAAUGCCCAAGGAAAAAUAUGACCCGCCGGAUCCGAGGCGGAUGUACACAAUUAUGUCCAGCGAGGAGGCAGCAAAUGGGAAGAAGUCAUACUGGGCUGAGCUGGAAAUCAGUGGCCGAGUAAGGAGUCUCAGCUCAGCCCUGUGGUCCCUCACCCACCUCACUGCCCUACACCUCAGUGACAACUCUCUGUCACGGAUCCCGCCAGACAUUGCCAAAUUACACAACCUGGUGUACCUGGAUCUCUCAUCCAAUAAGAUCAGGAGCCUGCCAGCAGAGCUCGGCAACAUGGUGUCUCUCAGGGAAUUGCUUUUAAAUAACAACCAGUUGCGGGUUCUGCCAUUUGAGUUGGGGAAACUUUUUCAGUUACAAACUCUUGGGUUGAAAGGAAACCCACUUGCACAAGAAAUAAUGAGCCUCUACCAGGAACCCGAUGGCACACGAAGACUGCUCAGCUACUUGUUAGACAAUCUGGCAGGUGCUAUUAAACGCAUACCAACAGAGCAGCCUCCAGCCCGGUCAUGGAUCUCACUCCAGGAACCUGAACGAACGCGCUCCUCAGCUUUGUUCUCUGUGAUGUGCUACAAUGUGCUGUGCGAUAAGUACGCCACCCGACAGCUGUACGGCUACUGCCCCUCCUGGGCUCUAAACUGGGAGUACAGGAAGAAAUCCAUCAUACAGGAAAUUAUGGGCUGCAACUCAGACAUCAUCAGCUUGCAGGAAGUUGAGACGGAGCAAUACUACAACUUCUUCUUGCCUGAGCUGAAAGAUCAAGGAUAUGACGGGUUCUUCAGUCCAAAAUCCCGAGCGCGAACGAUGUCGGAGUCGGACCGUAAACAUGUGGACGGCUGUGCUAUUUUUUACAAAACAGAGAAAUUCAGCGCCGUGCAAAAACACACGGUAGAGUUCAACCAGCUGGCCAUGGCUAACUCCGAGGGCUCAGAGGCCAUGCUCAACAGGGUGAUGACAAAGGACAACAUUGGAGUCGCUGUACUGCUCGAAGUCCGCAAAGAGAUGAUGGAGCUCUCAUCUGGUAAGUCGCUCCACGGCAUGGAGAAGCAGCUUCUUCUGGUGGCCAACGCCCACAUGCACUGGGACCCCGACUACUCUGACGUCAAGCUGGUCCAGACCAUGAUGUUCCUGUCGGAGGUGAAGAGCAUAGUGGACAAGGCCACGCGCAGCCUCAAGUUGUCAUCUGUCUCUGGUGAGACCAACGCAAUUCCACUGGUGCUGUGUGCUGACCUCAACUCUUUGCCAGACUCUGGUGUAGUGGAAUACCUGAGUACUGGUGGAGUGGACUGCACCCAUAAGGACUUCAAAGAGCUCCGUUAUAGUGACUGCCUGACCAAAUUUAACUGCAACGGCAAGAACAGCACGUCGAAUGGCAGGAUCACCCACGGCUUCAAGCUGAAGAGCGCCUAUGAGAAUGGCCUGAUGCCUUAUACCAACUACACCUUUGACUUUAAGGGUGUCAUCGACUACAUUUUCUACUCCAAGCCUCACCUGAACGUGCUGGGAAUCCUGGGACCGCUGGAUCCCCACUGGCUUGUAGAAAACAAUGUCACCGGCUGCCCCCACCCCCACAUCCCCUCCGACCACUUCUCCCUCUUUGCUCAACUGGAGUUGCUCCUGCCCAACAUACCCUCCCAGGUCAAUGGGCUUCACCUGCCUGCGCGCAGGUAGUUAGACCCUGCCAUACCACUAGGGGGAGCUGCAACCACACCUCCCUCUCAGUUCUGCUCCCUCCCUGUACCAGCUCUUCCCUCCAGCACGCUGGAGGAGAAAGACACCUACACAAAUCCACACACACACACACACAUACAAAAAACCUGUAAAAUAUUCGUACAGUGAGGUCUGGCUGACAGGGAUUUCGUAUAGAUACUCUAUAUUUUUCUUUGUUUUUCUUUUUAUGUUCUUUUUUAACUGCUUGAUUCAGCCCUGUUUGUGUAUCAUAUUUUGUGUAUUGGACUCCCCCUCCUUGUCAAAUCCACCCCCGCCCCUCCCACCUGCUUUGCUUCUGUCUCAGACUGCAGAGGAUGGUGGCUCUUUCGGCUUCCUCUCAUAUGUUGUGCUGUGAUGUUUUGGAGUUAGAGGAAAGGUUAAUGUUGCUGAAAAAAAAAGGACAUUUUAAGUGAAAAGCUUGAGAGCUGAAGGUCUGCCGGUCUGUCUGUUCUGUAUAAACCUAAAACCAGCAAAGACAGCAGACCCAUCCCUUUCAGACCUGCACCGCUGGCUUCUUCUUGUCCUUCGGGUCCAUGGUGCACCCCUCUCGGGGGGGGGACACGGAAACAACGUUCUUGUGUUUGGGGUUUUAGAGCAGCUUUUCGAGGGGUUUCUCUGGAGUGAUGCAGCUCGCUUUUGUGUGUGUGUGCGUGUGUUGGGGUUUUUUUUUUCCUGCUGUCGUGCUGUGGUGCUGAGGCCUUUUAUGAGGUCAUGGCCUCUUGUGGUGCUACAAGACAGUCUAUGCCUCCCAGCCCCGGCACAUUAACCCCACAAGAAGCCCGGAGAACCAGAACCCUUAGCUUACAUUUGUCCGAUUUCACCGACGCCAUGUAGCUUUAAAGAAAGAUGGGAGAAACUGAGCGCAGCUGCUAUCUGUUCUGCAGACUAUUUCACCCCCUGCUUGUGUAGUUGUUAGGUUAUUCUUGUGCUAGGAGCUUAUGUGGCCUGUGUAUCGCCUUUUUUUUUUUUUUUUUAUUUCCUGGAAGGAGCAAGGGAUUCGGCUGAUUGGCUGGUCCAUCGGGGAGCCAUCACGCCCUUUAUGGGUUGUGAUUGCUUUUUAGGCAGAGAUGGACACACCGGAGUAAAACCAGCAUCCUUCUCACUGUCGGGAGUUGCCGUCCUACUCCAAACAUGCAAGCGUACAUGCACUCGCAUACACCAAGAUCUCUCACGGGCAGAUUCUGUAGCACUGUCUCCAAGGCCUGUAGUGACUUUUCUCCCCCCCCCAGCCAUGCGUUCCGUUCACAGAAGCAGUGGGUUCUUGGUUUCCUUUUUUUUUUUCCACAAGUCUUUGUACAGAAUAGAAACCUAGACUCAGUCUUUACAUGAUUGUAUAUGAACCACAAAAGACCUGUUUUCUGGCGUUUUUUGUACAAAGAGUAAAUUAUGGUCAAAUUUGAAAAAGAAAAAAAAGAUUGUAUUGUAAACUAAGGCUAAAUUUUUAUCCAGUUGAUGUUGAGAUGAAUUGAUAUUACCAGCUUGUACAAAAGACGUAAGAAGAGGUUGUUGCAGGCAUUCGCUGCCACUACUUUGCACUCCCUAAACAUUGACUGUAACUUCAGUCCCCCCCCCAUCCCCCACCCCUCUCUUUUGACCCUUGUUUGAUUCGCCGACUCUUUGCUAUGAUGUAAAAUGGGCAGCAAGGAAAUUCUGCCUGUUGCUUCUUAUCCAUUAACGACGCCAUUUCUUUGUCUUUUCGCCUCGUCGCCAGUAGUUUGGUCAAAGUGACAUCCGAGGACGAGUACCAUCUCUUCAUCAUUUAAGUGGUCGAUAUACACCCAGCCCCCCCCCCCCCCCCCCCCCCCUCCACCAAUGUACAUCGUGCCUCGCUGUAGCAGUUGACUUUGUCUUGCACUAUUUAUAAGCGGCGAACGCCUCAACAACCUUUUCUCUUAUUUUUAAAUACUGUUGAGACAUUUGUGAAGAUUUUGUCCUUUCUUUUUUUUUUGUUAAUGUUUCCUUUUUUAUGAGACGUGACAAUGUUAUAUAUACAUAUAUGAAUAUAUAUAUAUAUAUAUAUAUAUAUAUAUACACACAUAAACUCUGUCCAUUGACCUCUCUAAUAAUCAGGUAUGCUUUGUCCACUGACCCUCUCUGUAAGGAACAUGAGUCGUGGGGGCGUCUUCUAAACUCCCCCUUUGAUUGCUGUGCUCCCUCUUUGUACCUAAAGCACUGCUCCCACCCCCCACCCCCAUCCCAGCCCCCGGCUUCCUUCCUGGCCACGCGUCCCACCCACCAAACCACCCAUCGUCUUUGUAACGCCCCCCACCCAACCACUUUGUAUAGGUUUUCUACUCUUGUCACUGCAGCUAUAGUGCCAUUUGUGGAGCCCCCUACCUCUGUGUUGGUAAAAGGUGGAAAGGCCCACUUUUCCUUUACUCUUUGUGGGGGGAAAACUUUAAAAAGAAAAAAGGGUGAGGGUCAGUGAGCUUUCCUGUCAACACGUCGCUGCAAAUCCAGUUUGUCUUAUUCUGAAAAUCCAAGUGAAGUCUGUGAGCAGCAGCGUAAUCGUUUGAACGCUCAUGUGGAUGAUGAGCACUUAUCAAAUUCAGAAACGGCUUUCCUCAUUCCUCCCAUAUUAACCACUAAAAAUGAAUUCUGUUGCAUUUUUAAUGCAGGAAAGAAGCAAAUCUACAGGAAAAAUAAUCAAUUGGCCCCUCUCUAACUUCCUUUAUUAUGUUGUUUUAAUUGCCCCCCCCCCCCCCCCCCCCCCCCCCCCCGGCGCACCCCAGCGGUAACCAAUGUGUUCAAUUUUGACAUUUUGUUUCUUGAAUGGCAUUAGUAUUGUAGUAGAUUUAAAGGGGUAGCUUUUUUUGUAAAGUGUGAAUAAAAGAUGUAUCUCAUGUUUCCUUUCUAAAAGAUGUUGGAUUGUGUUGUUGAUGUGCAAAUCAUGAAUUCUUUGACGCAUCGUUUUUAACACACCCCUACCCCACACACAAACACACACUUGGCGCCGAAUCUACAUCUCUGGAGAUCAUGUAGUCUUGAUGGGUUGGUCCUCCUGAACAGAAGGUUUUAGUGCGUUUCCCUAGAAACCUGGAUCAUUGGUAUUAGUUCAACGCCCCUCCCUGUGUUUCUCCUUGAUCUUUCAUCUUUCUUUUACAUGCCUGCACGGCACCAGCUGUAGAGCGCUCGUGCCCACAGGCGAGGGCAGCAGAGCUGUCGUAGCGCCGUUGGUUUCUACGGAAACACUGUUUUGACAGGUGGAAAACGUGUUUGUACAGCAAAGCUAAUGAUGUGCAACUAGACUGCUUCUGUGAUUUUCUUCCCCCCCCCCCCCAUUCCUCCAUCACUCCCUCAAACCUCUGCCUCUUAGUUUUUUGUGUUUUCUUUACAUCAUCUGUGUAUUUCUAUCAAAUCAGCUGAAUUCUAGAGCCCAGCAGCUUUUUGUUUUUGCUUUCCUUUAUUUGGUGGCUUGUUAGGUGUAGGACUCUUUCUCCAGGCGGCUGCAUCUCCUCGUCGCGGUGCACACUAAAGUUGCUUGUAGUUCAGCUGCGUCAUUUAGUUUUACAAAAAAAAAAAAAAUCUUCAUCAAACGUAGGGCUGUCAGGAAAAAAACAAGGUACUUUUAUUCCAUUUUUUUCUCCCCCUUGCUUUGUGCACAUUAUCCUGUGCGUUGUUCUAUGCCAUUCUUUUUCCAACCCAACAACUAAACUUGGCAAUAAUACCCAGAAAACAUUCACUUUCCUCGUUUUAGCAAAAAAAAAAAAAUGUAGCUGCUUUCGAAUUAAAUUUAAAAAAAAGACUCUCCAUCUUGAAUUCUUCACGUCCUUUUGCAACCCUGAGGACAUUUUGACACCCCUCUUUAUUAUUCACUUUGUACAUUUGCUCAUCUCCUCUCCCUGCCAAUGUAGUGGUAGUUGUUCAAUGAUCAGGAUUGUCUAUCUGUAGUCAGCUGAGUACAUAUAUUGAUCUGUGUCACUGUGUUAAUGCACUGGACCAACUAUUGUUUACCAUUCAUCCAAUACCAGCAAGAUAAGAAGAAGAAAAAAGAGAAUUAAGAUGAAACACUUGCACAAUGUUUUAGAAUGUCCAUAAAUAAUCCAGAGGAGAAAUCAAGGCAGCUGUUUUCAAAUCAAUACAUACUGUUUUCAAUGAAACUGAAUGGUAAACAAUGCUUUCUGUUGUAUCCUUUAGCCGUCCUCUAGAUUCUUUUUUUUUUUUUUUUGGACUAGUUUUAUCCUUUUUUUUCUUUUUUCUUUUGACUACAGGUUUUUGCUCGUUUCCUUUACACCUGUGUAUUUUUCCUACUUUGAAAAUAAAUUCUGUAUUAUCUGUUUCAGGCUGUGUCACCUCUUAUUCUUUGCAAUGGAUAUUGAAAAUAAAUUCUAUAUCUGUU